AUGGCAACUGAAUCAUCUCUCAUUGGCAAUUCAGGCUUCUCGGCCUCAUCAGCAGACUUUCGCAUUGUCCAUCCUCUCUCAGCAUCCCCUGCAACAUCUGCUUUUUUCCCUCCACCUCCACCCAGCAGUUGUUCACCUCCGGCCUCUCAACAAAUGACCACCAAUACUAGCAGCAAUGGUAGUACGAAUGCCGAAGAUGUCACCACCAUCUUUGUUGUUGGUUUCCCGGAUGAUAUGCUUGAGCGAGAGUUUCAAAACAUGUUUACCUUUUCACCGGGUUUUGAAGCUGCAUCAUUAAAAUGGCACUGCAAGGAUCAAGAUGAUGAUACAACUGGAAGCAAUAGCAAUGGAGCUAAUGGAGCUAAGAAGCAAAUGAUUGGAUUUGCUAGGUUUCGGACUCGGCUUGAAGCACUUGAGGCUGUGGAGGUACUCAGCGGCAAAAAAAUCGACACUGAAAAGGGAGCUGUCCUUAAAGCCGAGAUGGCCAAGAAGAAUUUACACAUCAAACGAGGUUCUAUUGUACCUACGAGUGCACCCCAUUCAGGUGGAUCAGCUACUGCAAUGGCAGCAGCAGCAGCAGCAGCGGUAGCAGCAGCAGCGCAUCAACAACAACAUCACCCGGUAUCAGCAGCCGUACCUGCGGAGCCUACAGGACCAUCUCCGCUUAGCAUGUUGACUCGUAAAAUGAGCUUACAUCAUGGUGGAGCACCUCCAAGCGUAUACGAUGCAUUCUCACCUUUACCAAGCGACUUAUUAUCACCAGCAGAUUACAAAAGCGACCCUUUUAAUGAUCACCCAUUGGUCUCCACGCCAACAACCCCAGCAUUCAAUGACGCUUAUUUGUCACUGCGCUCUCAAUCGUUUGAUACUCGAAGCACUGAAAUUGUUUCUCCUCCACGUGCAUUCAGUCUUUAUUCUCGUCCACGAGUCGGCAGCAUUCAUCCAUUGAUGCAACAUCAAAUACCACAACAACAUCAACAACAGCAACAACAACAACAAUCAUCACUACAACAACAUGAUCCUAUGAUGGAUAAUGAUCCAUUCGGCUAUUUGAGUAAAUCAUCACCAGCGGAUCGUGCAAAUAGCAUCAGUACAUCUUAUUUUGACAGUAAUCAUGCUGCGGCUGCUGCUGAUUCGAUUCUUGGUUCACGCAUGGGUUCAUUGUCUUUGCACAAUAGUAACAGCAACGAUCUUCGUACUCCCAGCCUGUCAUCUCCUAGUUAUCGCCCUAAUCCUGCUGAUCAAAACCCACCAUGCAAUACGCUUUACGUCGGCAAUCUUCCACCUUCCACAAGUGAGGAUGAAUUACGCCAACUCUUUUCAAAGUGUACAAAUUUCAAGCGAUUGCUUUUUCGCAACAAGAACCAGCAAGGACCCAUGUGCUUUGUUGAAUUUGAGGAUGUCACUUUUGCUACUCAAGCCAUGAACGAAUUGCAAGGCUACAAUCUCAGCAACUCGGUUAAGGGUGGUAUUCGUUUGUCCUUUAGCAAGAAUCCUUUAUUCACCAAGCCUAAUAAGCAAUCCAAGCCCAGCGACAUCGACUCUCCCAUGUGA